AUGGCAGAUAUUGAAAACAUCAACGUAGACUCGAUCAUCGAGCGACUUCUCGAAGUGCGAGGCAGCAGACCUGGUAAGCAGGUCCAAUUGAGCGAAAACGAAAUCAAAUUUCUUUGCAGCCGAGCUCGCGAGAUCUUCAUGUCGCAACCUAUCCUUUUGGACUUGGAAGCACCCAUUAAAAUUUGCGGUGAUAUCCAUGGUCAAUACUACGAUCUGCUAAGACUCUUUGAAUAUGGUGGAUUCCCACCCGAGUCAAACUAUCUAUUCAUGGGAGAUUAUGUGGACCGAGGGAAGCAAUCACUCGAGACCAUUUGUCUGUUGUUGGCUUACAAGAUCAAAUACCCAGAAAAUUUCAUGAUCUUGAGAGGCAACCACGAAUGCGCAAGCAUUAACAGAAUCUAUGGUUUCUAUGACGAAUGCAAGCGACGAUACAACAUCAAGCUGUGGAAGACAUUUACCGAUUGCUUCAAUUGCUUACCGAUCGCUGCCAUCAUUGACGAAAAGAUCUUUUGUAUGCACGGUGGUCUUUCGCCCGAUUUGCAAAGCAUGGAACAGAUUCGUCGUGUGAUGCGGCCGACCGAUGUCCCCGACACAGGUCUGCUGUGCGACUUAUUGUGGUCGGAUCCUGAUAAAGAUAUUAACGGAUGGAGUGAAAACGAUCGUGGUGUCAGCUUUACAUUUGGCUCGGAUAUUGUUUCAAAGUUCUUACAAAAGCAUGAUUUGGACUUAAUUUGUCGUGCUCACCAGGUGGUUGAGGAUGGCUAUGAGUUCUUUGCAAAGAGACAAUUGGUCACGCUGUUCUCAGCACCUAACUAUUGCGGUGAAUUCGAUAACGCCGGUGCAAUGAUGAGCGUCGAUGAAACGUUGAUGUGCUCGUUCCAGAUCUUGAAGCCUGCAGAGAAAAAGGCCAAGUACGCAUAUGCUGGAGGUGCAGCAGGUGGCGGUGGACGGCCAAAUGCCCAAAGAGGAAAGAAGAAGAACACGCCAUGA